UCCCCUGUCCUCCAGUAUAAAUAGAGCUGCAGUACCCCCAGGCUGGAGAAAGGUAUCCUAGGGCCUUUGGUGGAAGAGGCAGCCUGAGUCUCUGAGGACUGAAAUAAAAGGAAAAGCAGGAAUUGUACCUGUUAGUAGCACCUGCUCCAGGAUGUUACUGAGAGUCAUUGUCAUCCUGUUGGGCUGGACUGCGCUGGUGGCCAGUGACCGGGUGUACGUGCACCCUUUCUACCUCCUUACCUAUAACCAAAGUACGUGUGAUGAGCUGAAGAAAGUGGAUGCGGAGACUACCAAGGAACAGACCCUCACCCCUGUCCCAAUUCAGGCCAAGACAUCCCCUUUGGAUGAGGUGGCCCUGAAAGACCAGUUGGUAUCUUAUGCCCAGACACUAGAUGCAGAGGACAAGAAGAGGUCAACUAGUGUGGGGAUGCUGCUGAACCUUGUGGGUUUCCGCAUGUAUAAGAUGCUGAGGGAGAAGGCGACUCCAGCCAAUGGGGCGAUUCUCUUGUCUCCUGUUGGCCUCUUUGGGACCCUCGCUUCCUUCUACUUGGGUUCUGAGGACCCCACAGCCACUAAACUCCAGGCAUUUAUGGGUGCGCCUGAAAAAGACCAGCGCUGUACCUCCCGACUAGAUGGGCAAAAGGUCCUCUCUGCCUUGAAGGCUGUCCAGGGCCUCCUUUUAGCCCAAGAAAAGAAGGGCAGCUCCAGUCUGCUCCUGACCACAGUGGUGGGCCUAUUCACCUCCCCUAACCUACAUCUGAAGCAGUCAUUUGUGCAGGGCUUGGCUCCCUUUGCCAGUAUCACCUAUUCCCGUUCCCUGGAUCUGACCACAAACCCAGACCUUGCUGGAGAGAAAAUCGACAGGUUCAUUAAAGCUGUCACAGGAUGGCCAAAGAACACACAACUGACUGGAAUCAGCCUGGACACCACACUGCUCUUCACCACUUACAUGCACUUCCAAGGAGCAAUAAAGGGAAUCUCUCAGCUGGCAAAGCCCCAGGUGUUCUGGGUAAACAACACCACCAGGACAUCCGUGCCAAUGCUUUCAGGGAUGGGUAUCUUCCUAUACUGGAAUGACACCAAAAACAAUUUCUCUGUGACUCAAGUGCCAUUUAAUGAGAAUGCCUUCCUCCUACUGAUUAAGCCUCACAAUGAUAACCUGGAGAAAAUUGAGAAUAUUGCUUUUGGCCAGGACUUUUCACAUUGGAUGAAAAAUCUGUCCCCCCGGAAGAUCCACUUGACCUUGCCAAAGCUGGUACAAGAGAGCACGUAUGACAUGCAGAGCCUGCUUAGCAACACCAAGCUGCCUGGAUUGCUUGGAGAUGAGGCAAAGCUGAGCAAAAUUAGUGAUACAAACCUCAAAGUUGGAAAGGUGAUGAAUACAGUACUUUUUGAACUGAAAGAGAGUCAGGGAGGACAAGAAGAUCUUUUCCAAAGCAGUGAAGUCGCUCCCCUGGAAGUGAAACUGGACAGUCCAUUCCUGUUUGCCGUCUAUGAGAAAAAAUCAAGAGCCUUCUAUUUCUUAAGUCAUGUGACAAACCCACUGAAUGGUGUUUGAGACCCCAGGAUCAGAAACACCCCCAUGACACAGAAAGGCAAAUUAGAGGAUAACCCUAGGCUUCUGUAAGAUUUAAAACUGUUAUUCCCUGCCUUCUCCAGGGCUCUGUCAAGCUAGUGCCAAUAACUCAGAAAAGCAGCAGAUGGCACAAACACUCAACUGUCACCAAUUUCUACUUUUUCUUCUAAUUAUUCAACUGUGAGCUAGUGGGAAGACCUUUCUCCUUAGUAAGUAGCAUGAACUUGUGAUGGCAUAAAUAAGCUUCAACAAGCUUUUUAAGAUCCAUUGUGUACCAUGUAGCUGCUGGUUUUAGCAAGAAUUUGAGAAUUGUGUUUGGAAAUUGAAAAAAGAUUCAUUUUUAGUGUAGAAGAAAAUUUUGGUCUUAAAACUAAAAUAGAAUUGUUUGCUGCCUGUAUUCAGACCCAUUUCAUUUAACAUUUGUGAAAGUUACUAAGAUGUGGUCUGAACAAAGGGCUCUUUAUUUGGAAAAAAAAAAGUUGGGGUAGGUAUGUAUGCUAGAAAAUCAUGAAUACUUGCAUGCAUGCAAACACAAUGCCACUGGUGAUUUUAUUUUAUGCUACUAAUAAAUAAGCUUUGCUUUAUUAAAAAAAAAAGAUUCACCUUUUACUUAGUAGCAGCCCAAUGGGCUAGCAGGGUGUCUUGUUACAUAUGUAUGCAUAAAAAAAGGUGCUCUAUAGACUAUAAAAUAUAUUUUGUAUGGAA